UAUAGCAUUUUAUCCCAUGAUUCUAUCAUGCGAAAUAAAAGUGAAAGUAUUAGGAAAUAUAAAAAGAAUUAAAUAAAUUGAAUAAUUUAUUUAUUUCUUUGUAUUGAAAACACGAGCACGACAGAUGGGUUCUAUAAUUGAUGGAUUUCGUCAAUAGUCGUACAUAGGGUCAAUGGCAAUUUAAAUUGCCAAAGCCUUGGGGGGUGAGAUAGAAGAACUUGAAUUCUUCUGAUAGUAGUCAACAUUAAUUUGGGCAUGAAAAUUUUUAAUUUUAAAUAGAACUUUAUCCGAAAGAAGCACUACUUGUAUUAACUACAUAGUUAAAAAAAACUAUUGCACUAUAGAUUAGUCUACUGACUAGAUAUUGGCUACUGAAUAAUCUUUGUACUAUUCUAUUGACUAUUCAAAUAACUAAUCUAUUGACUAGUCAACUGAUUAAUCUUCCUUAUAGUCUAUGAAAUAUUCUGUAGAUUGUGUAGUAAUCAGUAGACUAUUCUAUGGGCUAAUCUAUAUACAUAGGCAGUAAACUUUAUAUAAUGAAAUGUACUUAAUAUGUUGUGGGUGUAGAACGGUUUUUUGCAAUGUCAAAAUUUUUUAAAAAGUACAAUAACUAGUACAUUCCAUACCUAAUGCAGUUUAUUUAUAAAUACAUCACAUGGAUAAAUAUUAAGGGUCUUAUUCAUAAACUUUUAUCAAAGGUAUAUAAAUCAAAUUUUCAUACAAAAUUUUUUACUAUAAACCUUUAAUAAAUGUUUAUGAAUAAGGCAAUAAAAGUUAUUGCAAUAAAUUUUUUCCCUAAAAAUUAUAAUUACCGAAAAACUUUUUGAAAUACUAUAAAUAUUUGAAAAUAAUUUGUUCCAAAUAGUUCAUUUUAUUUCUACAAAAACAGCUGAUCAUUAAAUUAUCAGCCUUGAACCGUCACAAAUGAAUAAUUUUCAAAAGAGAAAUUUUAUUAAUAUUUAAUUGAAUCCUAUUAUUUUCGUUUUCUUUAAUUGUUAAAAAAGCUAUAAUUAUUAAUUUAUUGAAUAAUGCCUUUAAUUUGUACACAUCUGUACUUUAAUAUUGUUGUCAAGAGUUUAAUUUUAAUUGACGAAAUUGUUUUUCUAGUUUUGUUUUGAAUUAAAAACAUCAUCCACGAGUACUAAAUUAAAAAAAAAUAUGCAUAAAAGUAUAAACAACUUUGUUUUCAUAAUCGAAUCUAGAAUAUUUAAAAUAAACAAGACUAAAAAUAACAUUAAACUAUAAAAAAACACAAUUAGGAACCUUCUUUAUCUACAGUCGUGAAAGCUUAAAUAGCAAACCUGAUUUUUUGUAUUAUUAAAUUUGUUUUUUUUUAACGAUAGAUUAGAAUUAAUUAUAAAUUCUAAUCUACCAUAAGUUUUAAAUUAUUUCUAUGUAAUUAUAAUUAAAAAAAAAUAUUUUUAAAUAAAAAUCAUAAAAGAAAUUUUGUUAAAAAACUGAUCGUUAUGACAACAACUGAAAACCAUAAGAACUUAAAAGUUGCAUUAACUAUUUAGAUACAGAAAUUUCACAAUUUCUUGGAAAAUUAAGCUUAAAACAUCUUUCCUCUCUAGCAGAUAAAUAGUAUUGAUGAAAUUUAUUAAACAAACAUACAUUUUUACUAUUCAUGCUAUUUCGAAAGCCACAUCUAUGUGAUUCUACUUUAAAAACUGGUUUCAUACUUAAAAACACACCUUUUUUUUAAUUUAAAUUUGUGUAUAUAAGAUUUUUUGUAUCCAAGUAUCUGGUAAAUGUAUGUUUUUUGGGGGGCUCGUUUUCAUAUUUAUUCUAGACAUCACGCAGAGUUUUUUUUUUUAUAAAAAAUAUAAAAAACGUGGAUUUAAAAACUUAUACAUUAUGUACAUUAAAUAAUACAUAAAUAUAUAAUAAUUUUUAUUGUUUUUCCUAUAUUUCGGUGUUAUUUUUAUCAACACUACGCUAUUUGUUUGUGUGCCCCUUAUGUCUUUUAUUGUUGUUGUUGUUGUAUUUCUUUCCUGAUAUCACCAAAUACUUGUUUACUGAUAGUAGCUGGUUUUUUGUUGUUUUCUUCUUGAUUUCUCUUAAAAAAUAAAAAAAAUACGAGGAAAAAAGUAUAGUCGAAAUUUGUUUUAAAAAACAGUUUUAAUUGGGCCGUUCAACAAGCAAGUUAAGCGAAUCUCAUUCAAAAUGACUACCUACUUCAGCUACCCCUCCGCCGAAUUGCAAAAGGAACUUACCCGCAUUGCCCAGGCCAUCGUUGCCCCCGGCAAGGGUAUUCUCGCUGCUGAUGAGUCCGUCUCCACCAUGGGCAAGCGCUUGAAGGACAUCGGUGUUGAAAACACUGAAGACAACCGUCGCGCCUACCGUCAACUUUUGUUCACCGCUGACCCCAAGGUUGCCGAAAACAUUUCUGGUGUUAUCUUGUUCCACGAAACCUUGUACCAAAAGGCUGAUGACGGUACUCCCUUCGUUGAAUUGUUGAAGAAGCGCGGUAUCAUUCCCGGCAUCAAGGUCGAUAAGGGUGUUGUCCCAUUGAUGGGCUCUGAAGAUGAAUGCACCACCCAAGGUUUGGAUGACUUGGCUGCCCGUUGCGCCCAAUACAAGAAGGACGGUUGCGACUUCGCCAAGUGGCGUUGCGUCUUGAAGAUCGGCAAGAACACUCCCUCUUACCAAUCCAUCUUGGAGAACGCCAAUGUUUUGGCCCGUUAUGCCUCCAUCUGCCAAUCUCAAGGUAUUGUCCCCAUUGUUGAACCCGAAGUUUUGCCCGAUGGUGAUCACGAUUUGGACCGUGCCCAAAAGGUCACUGAAACCGUCUUGGCUGCCGUCUACAAGGCCUUGAACGAUCACCACGUCUUCUUGGAAGGUACUUUGUUGAAGCCCAACAUGGUCACCCCCGGUCAAUCCUGCCCCAAGAAGAGCACACCCCAAGAAGUUGCUUUGGCUACCGUUACUGCUUUGCGCAGAACCGUACCCGCUGCCGUUCCCGGCAUCACCUUCUUGUCUGGUGGUCAAUCUGAAGAAGAAGCUUCCGUUCACUUGAACGCUAUUAACCAAGUUCCUUUGUUGAAGCCAUGGGCUUUGACCUUCUCUUACGGUCGUGCUUUGCAAGCUUCCGUACUCCGCGCCUGGGGCGGCAAGAAGGAAAAUGUUGCUGCUGGUCAAAACGAAUUGAUUAAGCGUGCUAAGGGUAACGGUGAAGCCGCUGUUGGCAAAUAUGUUGCCGGUAGUGUUGUUGGUGCUGGUGCCGAUGCCACUUUGUUCGUUGCCAACCAUGCUUAUUAAUUUAUUCAAGAGUUUGAGAAACGUUAAUUGUUUAUUGCAAUUUAUUUAUUAAGGACAAACAAACAAAGAAAUUACAAAUUUAGAACAGUAAUUAUUAUGAUGAUGAAGACAUUAAGAGAAAAAACUAUGUUACUACUAGAACAACAACAACAAAAACCACAUCAUAAAUAAGCAUAAUUUAGAAGACAACUCUACAACAUCAUUACAUUAUAUAAUUUAUUUAUAUUUUAAUUGUUAAGCACAAAAUAAAUUUAAACAAAAAAAAUCAUUAACAAAAAACAAUAAAAAAAAAAUCAUAAAAAAAUCAACAACAACUUGAAAUGUCUUUCUUUUUCAAAAAUUAUUCAAAACAUAUUGAAAAAAACAAAAACCUUGUACCUCACAUAAAUUUUGUAUUAAAUAUUAAGAAAAUGAAUUUAGAAUGCUUUCAAUAAUUGUUAGUAAAACCAAAGAAGAGGCACCUAUAUUUAGCUAAAUGCUUUUUAAUUAGUUGGACAAAUAUACAUAUAUUUAAAGAUGAACUUAAACAAAAAAAUACAAUUAUGCAAGAAAAUAUGAGUUAGUUUUAACUACCAUAUCGAUGUUAAAUAAAUCCCAUCUAAAAAAUAUUUAUUAAAAACUUUAAAGAAAUGUAAUAACUAUUGUUAUAAGUGUUGUUUAAGCUAAAUAAAGCAUUCAUUUAUUUAAAAAAAAA